AUGGGUAAAACAGUUCCUGGUGCUCGGUCCCAGCUAUUCAUCAAUAAUGAAUUUGUUGACUCAGCAUCUGGAAAGAAGUUCCCCAUCAUAAACCCUUCUACAGGUGAAAAGAUUGCUGAUGUUGCAGAAGGUGACAAGAUUGAUAUAGACAGAGCAGUUGCUGCAGCAAAAGCUGCUUUUAACAGAAAAUCUGAAUGGAGACAAAUGGAUGCCUCAGCACGAGCAAAGCUCAUGAAUAAGUUAGCUGACCUAAUAGAAAGAGAUGCACAGCAGCUUGGGAAUUUACUAACAGCAGAGGGAGGUAAGCUUUAUUAUGGCGCCUGCUAUGAGGCUGUUAAUACUGCAAACACACUGCGCUACUUCUCUGGAUGGUGUGACAAAAUCACUGGGAAAACAAUUCCUGCUGAUGGUCCAUUCUUUACAUAUACACGAAAGGAACCAAUUGGUGUAGUGGGGCAAAUUGUCCCAUGGAACUUUCCACUGACACUGACAGCACUGAAAUGGGGCCCUGCACUUGCCACUGGAUGUACAAUUGUAUUAAAGCCUGCAGAGCAGACUCCUCUCUGCAUACUGUAUUUGGCUGCUCUUACAAAAGAGGCUGGAUUUCCUAAUGGUGUUAUUAAUGUCGUACCUGGUUAUGGACCCACUGCUGGAGCAGCUGUUUCUUCUCAUCCAGACAUAGCUAAAGUUGCUUUCACAGGUUCUACACAGGUUGGGAAAAUAAUUAUGGAAACUGCCGCAAAAUCUAAUUUGAAAAAAGUCUCGCUUGAGCUUGGAGGGAAGAGCCCACUUAUUGUUCUUGAUGACGCUGAUGUUGAUGAAGCUGUGCAGCUAGCUCAUGAUGGAAUAUUCAUGCAUCAAGGGCAGAUUUGCUGUGCUGGUUCAAGAACUUACGUUCAUGAAAAGUUGUAUGAUGAAUUUGUACAAAAAUCAAAAAUUAAAGCAGAGGCUAGAAAAAUUGGUGAUCCAUUUGAUAAUAGUGUGCAGCAUGGACCACAGAUUGACGAGGACAGUUUCAAAAAAGUUAUGGAUUAUAUAAAAUCUGGGAAGGAGCAAGGAGCUCAACUUGAGUGUGGUGGUGAUCGUUUUGGUGACAAGGGCUACUUUGUAAAACCUACUGUUUUUUCAAAUGUUACUGAUGAUAUGAAAAUUGCGCGUGAAGAGAUAUUUGGGCCUGUACAAAGUAUAAUAAAGUUCAAAACUAUAGAGGAGGUCAUCGAGAGAGCCAAUGAUACACUUUAUGGUCUUGCUGCUGGAGUUAUCACAAAGGAUAUUAACAAGGCUCUUACAAUUGCCAAUGCACUUGAAGCAGGUUCUGUGUGGGUGAACUGCUUCUUUGCACUUGGACCUCAGUCCCCAUUUGGUGGAUACAAGCUCUCAGGACUAGGAAGGGAAUGUGGAGAAGAGUCAUUGGAUGAAUACCUGGAAGUUAAAACAGUUGCAGUAAAGUUGCCUGUGAAAUUAUGAAGUGUUAAAAGCUGCUGUCUUCUGUUUUAUUCUUUGUUAUUCUAAAAUACAAUGUUACAUCCAUGUACAAUGUCAAAUGUUAUCUACAUAUAUAGUGUUAACUGCAUGCAGAAAACAUCUAUAUAGUGUUACACAAUAUUUCAGCCUACAGUUCAGCUGAUCAGAUGACAGAACAAAUGGCAGUUUGUUCGUAUGCUAUUGACACUUACAACUAAAAUAAAAUUAUUUCUUAAAUCUUUGGCCAUAUCAGUUAAAAUUAUAAGUUUUAGAGGCAUUUCUGAAUAAGCAGCUGCUUGAAAUAUCUUUUACAAGUUUCUCCAGUCGGCAUUUCCAGUUUAUUUGGUAGUUAAUUAUGAUGCUUAAUAUUUGCCAAAGUGUCAUUUGCUGUCAGGGUUAGACUUCUGGUGAUUAUGUGAAAAUAUGUUUUUUCUUGAUAUUACAGUUAUCAAUCUAGAUGCUCCUACUAGCUAUUUCAGUGUUUUUUCUUUUCAUUAAGAUAAUUUUUUCCAUACAUUAUUAGACUAUUAAAGUUAAUAAAUAGAUUUUUACAUUGCA